AUGCUCAGAUCGUCGCUCAGAAUCCCCGUUAGGAAGUACUCUUCAGUGAAAUUCCCCGAAGCUGCCAUGAAAUCAAGUUCGGAUACUCCAGUUGCUCACAAACCAUCCAUACGUCAGUUCAGCAGUGCUUUAUACCACUUUUUCUUGAUCGCCUCCACGACAUAUAUCGGCCUACACACCACCUGGGUUCUUCUAGAGUACACCCAAAAAGAGAAUGAACUUUUACAAAGAACUGUAGAUUUGGAAAAUAAGAUCCAGGAAUUGGUUGACUCUAAAAAGGCAGAGAUCCCUCGAAGAAGAUGGUUUCAGUUUUGGAAGUAG